AUGAAUUUGGAAUACAAAAAAUAUCGUCAGUUCUUUGGUAAUUCUUGGCAAUAUCGAACUCCAUCAUAUCCAUGUUAUUUAACUAUUGAUCCCAUUCAACAUUUACCGCCAACGAUCGGAGCAAAUAUUCUUAGAAAGCUCAGUUUUGAACAACGAGUCAGAUUUUAUACGGCUCUUCUCUGCCCAUUGCCUUUGGCUGGCUUAGUUUGA